AUGUCAUCUCUUGAUCCUCAAUUGUACGAGUGGUGGUUAUAUGAAGAGGCAUCAUCAGAACGCGAUAAACGAAAUGUUGAUGUAUAUAGUCAUCAUAGACGAGUACAACUUUUCUUGUUGGAUGCAUGGAAACAAGUCAUACAACUACCCACACAAGUUAUAAAUCAAGUUGCCAGUCAUUCCAUUACAUCUUACUGGACAACGCGACCAUUCAACAAAAAUGCAAGCAAACAAACAAGUGAAAACUAUCGUUUUUCUUUAUCCCAAUGUAUUGAUUGGUCUCGAAUAAGUGAUAGCAAUACUCGUCAACAGAUGAUGAAUGAUAAACUUAGGCCAAUAUUCAAAGGUCAUAGCGACGGCCGAAACCCUCUAUCGGGUCAGAUUAAUCUACUUUCAAUAAAAGCACCGAAAACGCCAUCAGCGGUUGAUAAUCAACCACCAACAUUGAACAAAAAACGUCCAGCUCCUGCUUCCUUUUCCGAUGAAAGUAUGGAUACUAGUACUAGUCAUCAACAUUAUCGACCACCCUUUGGUAAACAACUAUCACAGCAAGCACAACAACAGCCACCAGGCACAGCCGAACCAUUAUCAUUUCGUACGGCACGUGAUCAGUUAGAAAUCGAUGAAGCACGUACGAAAACGAAUAACGGUGUAGUGAAAAAAUCGCUCGGUAUGCACUCAUCUGCUAAACGUUCCAUCUACAAUCGCUAUGUUGAUCCAACUGUUGGACGUCCAACACACAAUGAUUCAAGUCGACAAGCUCCAUUGCCUACUUCGGCGCCAGCACUACAACCAUCUGCACCGGUUCUGCAGACGAAUCAAUCAAAUAAUACAGAUAAUUCUAACAAUAAACUGGAAGAAAGCGGCGGUGCUAAACACAUCGACCCUAAAUUAAUCGAAAUGAUAACUAGCGAGAUUAUGGAAUUGAAUUUAACCACAACAUGGAACGAUAUUGCUGGUUUAACAGAUGCGAAACGAUCGAUUACAGAAAUUGUCGUCUGGCCAAUGCAACGACCUGACAUAUUCACUGGUCUGAGAAGACCACCAAAAGGCUUACUUUUAUUCGGGCCACCGGGAACAGGAAAAACGUUGAUUGGCAAAUGCAUUGCGAGUCAAUCUAAAGCAACAUUCUUCUGUGUUUCAUCAUCUUCAUUAACAUCGAAAUGGCAUGGCGAAAGUGAAAAACUAGUUCGUGCUUUGUUCGCUGUUGCUCGUUCACGUCAACCAGCAGUUAUUUUCAUCGAUGAAGUAGACUCUUUGCUUCAAGAACGAUCAGAAAACGAAGAUGAAAGUACACGUCGAAUAAAAACUGAAUUUCUUGUACAAAUUGAUGGUGCAAGCACUCAAGGCGAAGAAAGAAUACUAUUGAUUGGUGCGACAAAUAGACCCCAAGAGCUCGAUUCGGCCGCUCGUCGCCGUUUUGUUAAACGUAUCUAUAUUCCUUUACCGGAUUUAUCCGCUCGACAAGCAAUCAUUUCCAAUUUACUCAAAGAUCAGAAGCAUACUUUAACCACGCAGGAUAUGGAACACAUCUGCACACUUACAGAAGGUUUUAGUGGAGCUGACAUGCACAGUCUUUGCCAUGAUGCUGCAUUAGGACCUAUUCGCGAUAUACACGACAUUGAGUUACUUUCAAGCGAUGAGGUACGAGGUAUUUCCUUGGAUGAUUUUCUCAAAUCACUCAAAGCCAUUCGACCUAGUGUUUCUGAAAAUGAUCUAAAGCAAUAUGAAGAUUGGAAUAAGACAUAUGGCUCUAUUUAA